AUGUCCUGUUUGUUUUGCUUUUCGGGAGACCCACUCUCCGAAGAUGAGAAGAAAGGAAAAUAUGGAAACGCCCUGGGACCCUACGCAUCGUACAACCAAAAAUACGACAUUACCAUGUGCAAGGCUCCUUGCAGUGAACCCUGUUGCUGUUUGAUCAGUAUGGUGUGCAUGUGUCCUGUCCAAGUGUACAUGCGACACAGGGCUCUGAAUCAUGUGGAACCUGGUUCCGGCUGGAAGAAUUACAUUUGCUGUCAGGGAUUGUUCGGAGGAUGUAUGUGCUUGCAACCUGGAAAGAUGGGAGAAAAGACCUGUCCUGUUCCUUGCAUGUGUUUGGAGGCAUGCAUUUGUCCUGGUGCCGCUGUCAGUGCUACUUCUGGUGUCAUUCGACAAGAAUACAGCCUCGGUCUAGAUGAGGAUGAUGUCAAGCUCAUUCGGUGCAACAACUGUUUGCAAAUUGCUUCCUGUCUCUGUACUAUCAUUGCCUGCAUCACUCCAUGCGAAGGAGAUGACCUUUUUGCCCAAGUCCUCAACACUAUUGCCGAUAUUGUGUUUUGCAGUGUCACUGGAUGUAUGACAGCUCAGUGCUACCAUGAAAUCAACUUGAGAGAAAAGAUGAACGCUCCAGGAGGAAACGAAAUGCAACGACACUAA